AUGGAGCAGCAGUUAUUGGGUUAUGAGCAUGAGAUGUAUAGAUUGGAUCAGGCUGAGCACAUCGCAGGGAUGCUUGAUCGAGUGGCGCCUCGGAUCUUGCGCACCAGACGGAACUUGAUGACACAGCCGUCGGAGCAGAUUAGACCAUAUCUGAGACAAGCCAGAUUUGAGUACGUCGCAUACAUGGAUGUGGCAUAUCAGUUGGGACUCAAGAUUGAUGGUGAUCCUGUGAGUGGAUGCAUAUGUGGGUGGGAGCAGCACCACCAAGGACGGACCAUUGAGGAGUUAUGUGAGCAGAUACUGGGUGUUGUUCCUGACCCAAAGGGCAGACAGUCACAGACGAAGUGGACUGUCAAGCUCACUUGGUUCCACAACAUGGUUUGUGGAGAGCUAGAGCAGGAUGCCACAGAGGAGCAGCUGAUGAGGUAUGCGAGAGGAUACAUCAUGCAGUUGAUAGGCGGUAUCCUCUUUCCCGAUGCAUCCGACUCUCGGGUGCAUAUCAGGUGGCUUCCCCUACUAGAAGACCUUGAUGCAUGUGGCCGGUUGUCGUGGGGUUCAGCUGUGCUAGCAUGGCUGUACCGACAGAUGUGCCGGGCCAUGGAGCAUGGGCAGCGCAACUUGGGAGGAUGCGUCAGCUUGAUGCUUUCUUGGGCCUACCACCGUAUUCCGUUAGUAUGGCCCGAUGGGUUUGAUGCUCGUCACUCUCCCCUGGUUCAGUAUCGGCCGGACAAUGCCAUAGGCGAGAGCAGGAUGAGGCAGUACAGGCGGACGCUGAAUAGGAUUGGGAUGCUGAAUGUUGAGUGGACUCCAUAUGCGGACCCACAGCUGGUUGGGCUUGUUCCACCGGUGAUAGCAGAGGCGGAUGCCUCGGCGGCGGUUGUCUGUCCACUGCUGUGCUUCGCUAUCGUCGAGUGGCAUCAGGUGGACCGGGUAGUACGUCAGUUCGGUGGCCUGCAGCACAUUUUCACUAGGCCAUUAAACAUUGACGACAUGCACAGGCUUGAUGGGAGAUUCUGGUCGCGGCGAGUGGUUCCCGCAUUUACUUGGUGGCUGGCAUGA